CUUCUUAGCAACCAAAGAGAAGGCUUAAUGAGUACUCUGUUUAGCAGUGGACUAGAGCUGGCACAGUUGGUGGUGGCUUCAGAUCUUCUUCGUUGUUCAUGGGAAGCCAUUGAUGAACUCCACAAAAAUCCUAGGAGCUCUAAUAUCGUGUCAUCCCAAUUAUCAUCAUUCUCUGUUAAGUACGAAACCUAUCAACAACCCAAUUAUGAAAUUCUAGCUUUUGCUUUUUGUUCUUCACCCUCGUCUGCUGGACUAGAAAAACAGCAACAACAAAAACAAGUCAAUCCAUAUUUAUCUAUCAAUAUAGCAGCUAGAGCUCUUUACCGCUCCCUUCCGGAUGACCUGUUUGAGAAGUUGCAGAAGUGUUCAAGACCCCUCAUUGUCACUGGUAAUUCUCUGGGAGGAUUGGUUGCGUCACACGUCGUCUUGGAGAUCCUACAGAGAUUUUCUUCCUCAAAGACCAAUCUCCCUCUAUGCAUCACCUUUGGUUCUCCCAUUGUUAGCGGCAACAAUGGCCUCAGACAAGUCAUUUACGAUAAGCCGAUAUUGAAUUCUCAGUUCCUGCACGUAGUCUCCAGUGAAGAUCACAUACCUUUUCUCUUCAUCCCAUCAAAUUACAGUCCCAAUAUUGUUAGCAAUUCAUCAUCAGCUUUCCAUUCAAAAGGUUAUAAAACUUUUGGUACAUAUCUAAUGUGUUCUACAUCAGGUUGUGCCUGUUUCAAUAGCACUGAUGCAUCUUUGAAAUUACUGGAGGCUAAAGGAAGAUCUCAGUUGGUCAAACAUAAUGUGGAUUAUGGCAAUAUUUUGGGACAUUUAAAAGAAUUCAAUUUUUUGAGACUUGAGGAAUAUGGAAAAAUUUUGGAAGACAUCAAAAAAUCUAUUAUUUUCUCCAAUGGGUUUUCAUCAGUGCUACCUGGAUUGCCUGAUUGCUCUUCGCUUGAGGUUGGAAUACGUCUGCAGAUGGAAGCAAUUGAAGUUACAGAAGUAGUAGAGGAGUACUACAAUGAGCAUGGCACUUUGAUGGCAGAGAUAGAGAAGCAGGCAACAGAGGACAUGGAGAGACGAUGUGAAGAGUUGGUACAUGAACAGAAGCUAAGUUGCAUUAAAAUUAACAUGGCAAAGCUUGAAUGGUACCACAAGGUCUCUUGGACUAUUUUGCGUGAGGGCUACUAUGAUGACUAUAAGAACAAAGCCUCAAAAAGAAGUUUAGAUGCUCGCUUGUUUGAGAAGCUUCUCACAGAGUAUUGGCAAAAGAAGGUAGAAGAAGCAAAACGAAUACCCCAGAAAGGAGGAGGGGUUCCAUUGGAAAUAGUCUAUCUCGGUGCUGGAACAAAUUAUAGAAGGAUGGUUGAACCUCUUGAAAUUGCAGAGUUCUAUAGGAUGGGCAAGAAGAAGUACCUCAAACAUAGACCCAAUCAUUAUAAACUGUUGCAGAAAUGGCUGGAUGAUGACGAGAAGAAUAGCAACAGCUUAUCAUCGAUGAUGAUGAUGAGGAACAGGAAGAAUCUUACUUUAACAGAGGAUUCUUGCUUCUGGGCACAUGUGGAGGAUGCUAUGAUUUCAAUACAAAUGUUGAAGAAUGGAAACAAACUAACUGGGGAAUCACCUGAGGAAGAUCUGAAGGAGUUUGAAGGUUAUGUAAUGGGCUUGAUAGAAAAUCUUAAAGUUUCACCAGAGAUUUUCUUGGAGAAGAGUACCUUCAUGAGCUGGUGGACAGAGUAUUCUAAGAUCAUAGAGGAUGGACAUACUUCACCACUGAUCAAUUAUAUGAAAGCAAAAAAGUAUCUAAUGUAUAAGUAGCUAGUAAUUCCAAUCUGAAGCAAUGCACCACCAUCUUUGACUUCU